AUGCUCGAAUUCAUGCAUAAAAUACUUGGUAUGAGAAUGAGUAAUGACAGGAUGUUUGAAUCGCAUCUUGAGCUUCCAAGAGACGUAUUCGCGCCCAUAAUGCUUUGCAUACUGAUUGUCUGCAUCAAAAACCUUGUUGUUAUGCCAGCAGCCGAUGUCUUUCUAGAUAUGCUUGAUCAGCAUGACAAGCUCAGCUCUGGACAAAAAAGAAAGUUCAGGGUCUCGUUCUGGAAGGCUGUGUUCUAUACAUUCACAACAUUCUACGGAUAUUUGGUAAUCCAAAACGAGUCGUGGGUCCCAAGUGCCAAGGGCAUGAUGGAUCCAGUAGGCGCCGGAAACCUUCCAUUGCGAGUGAUGCUCUACUAUCACAUUGAGUUUUCAUACUACUUUGUCGAGUUGUUCUACCUGUUUAAUGAGCAUAUGUACAAAGACUUCCUGCAGAUGGUUGUACAUCACCUGGUGACUCUUUUACUUCUUGGAAUGUCUUAUUGCACAGACAUGGUCAGGUGUGGAAUAGCGAUAAUGGCUGUGCAUGAUCUAUCUGAUCCAUUUCUAGAAGUUGCAAAGUUGCUGAAUUACACACAAAGCAAUACUCUUGCCACCAUUGUGUUUAUGCUCUUUGCAGUGAUAUUCAUUAUCUCGAGACUUGGUGUUUAUGCAUGCUUGGUGGCUGCGCCAAUAGGAAUAUAUGUGUGGAACCAUGAGUUCAGGUUUGCUCUGCGAGCCAUGGCAGUAAUGGUGCAGAUACUGGUUCUGAUGCAUAUUGUGUGGUCGUGCAUGAUAUUGAAGAUGGCAAUGCGUAUUUCUCGCUCCACAUGCAUUAAGGACUGCAGAGAACCCUCAACAGCUAGUAUACAAAGCGCUAAGUGCAAGUAA